AUGGAAGUCCAGAGGAUCCAUCCACCACAGGGCCAAGGUCGGAAACCAGACCACAGCGCACACCCCUUCCUCGCACCUCUAAAACUCGCGCUCAUGACAUACCAAGUCAUCACCUCCGAUGACAUCUUCCUUAUCGUUCAUCACCUUAAUGAUGGUGAUGUCCCCUGCCCUUGCGGUCAACACUCCCCCUAUAUCGUGCGCCAAUGGGACCGUAUACAUACCUCCAACGAGGAGGCUGGUUCGAAGUGUGUAUCGAAAACGAUUGUAAACCAUCGAUCAAUACCACACAAACGACCAAGGUACGUUUUGCCCAUAUCCCCCACCGACAAAGAUGCGAAGGUGCGACUCAGAACACUCGAAGAGAGUGGAAUACUUGAGCACACCAUGGUCUGCGAUAGAGCAGAAUUCUGUGAGCAUCAAUACUUUUUAUCCAAAGGGUGUCAAAAAGACUCAGCAAUAGGCCCCCCAACACCACAGCGGAGCGAGCAAACUGUACCAAGUCCAAAUGCGUGUGGCUUCGAACUUAUCCAACUCCCGCGCUCAACUCUCAGCAUUUGCGUCAUACUGAGCCUAGCUUCCCUAAACAGCGCAUGCCAACAUGGAUUCAUGCGCCACUCAGCUGAACUCGUAUGCAAUGAGAACAAUCACUGCCAUCUAGAGUACAGCAGAGAACUCCUAUUCAACAGACUCCAGUCAGAGCUCUGUAUUGAGAUCUGGCACGCGAACAAGUCAGUAGGACUAGCGAAAUUCGUGAGAAAGUCAGUGGAGUUAAAUGCUCUAAAGUCACUGAAUUCUUCACGAGACCAUCCAAACUAA